AUGGUGAGGGGAAAAACUCAAAUGAAGCGAAUAGAGAAUGCAACGAGCAGACAAGUGACUUUCUCUAAACGAAGAAAUGGUUUAUUGAAGAAAGCUUUUGAGCUUUCAGUACUUUGUGAUGCUGAAGUUUCUCUUAUCAUCUUCUCUCCUAAAGGAAAACUUUAUGAAUUCGCUAGCUCCAAUAUGCAAGAUACCAUAGAUCGUUAUCUGAGGCAUACUAAGGAUCGAAUCAGCAGCAAACCGGUUUCUGAAGAAAACAUGCAGCAUUUGAAACAUGAAGCAGCAAACAUGAUGAAGAAAAUUGAACAACUCGAAGCAUCCAAACGUAAACUUUUGGGAGAAGGUAUAAGUUCAUGCUCGAUUGAAGAACUGCAGCAAAUUGAGCAACAACUUGAGAAAAGUGUCAAAUGUAUUCGAGCAAGAAAGACUCAAGUGUUCAAGGAACAAAUUGAGCAGCUCAAGCAAAAGGAGAAAGCUCUUGCUGCAGAAAAUGAGAAGCUCUCUGAAAAGUGGGGAUCUAAUGAAGUCGUAGUUUGGUCGAAUAAGAAUGAAGAAAGUGUAAGAGGUGGUGGUGAUGAAGAGAGUAGCCCAAGCUCUGAAGUAGAGACACAAUUGUUCAUUGGGUUACCUAGUUCUUCAAGAAAGUGA